AUGUUUGGUUUCUCGUUCUCUCGACGGAGAAAAUCAAACGCUUUCACAUGGAAAGUUUUGAAACAGCUUCAAUCUCGCCUUAUGCUACUCAAGUCCCAGAAGUACGCAAAAUCUAGACACCUACGUGCUGAUAUUGUUGACUUCAUCCGAAGCAACGACUCCAAGAGUGCACUCUUCCGAACCGAACAGCUCUUGCUCGUCGAAAACGCGAUUACAAUCUACGGUUUUUUGCUCAAGUUCACUGAUUUCAUCCUCCUCCGCUUCUCCCCCAGUAAAAAACACAGUUGUUUAUUGGUUAAUGAUGAUACUUCCGAAGCAGUUUCGAGUCUGAUUUUUGCAUCGGUCAAGUGUAGAGAAAUACCUGAACUGCUAAUUAUUAGCGAGCUGGUUGGUCAACGUUAUGGUCAACGUUAUGUAACAACUGCUAUUCAGGUCCCUCCCGGGAAUCUUGUAAACACUGAGAUCAAAGAGAAAUUGAAGUCAACUUCAGUAGUAUCCGAAACUGAUAAGUGUAGAGUAAUGGAGGAGAUAGCCAAGGAGUCGGGUUACCGUUUAGAAAUUCUAGGGCUGGGAUAUAAAUCUGAGAUUGACAACGAGGUUUUUGACUUGGAAGAAAAGAACGUAAUGGAUGAGUCACUACACGAGGUGUAUAAAUUUUGCCUCACCGAUGUUGAUGAGAGAAGCAAGAAAGAGACAUCAAUGAAAGAUGAUUACAUAGAACAUAAGAAGUCUACUAGAUUGUUGGCUGAAAAUGCGAAGAAGUCCGGUCACAGUUUAGAAAUAUUAAGGCCGGAAUCUAAACCUGAGACUGAAAAAGAGGUCAAUGAAGAGGAAGAGAAGAGAGUAAUGGAUCCGGAUGUGGAUAUUAGUUGUUAUGAAGAGUCACCACACGAGGUGUAUAAAUUUAGCCUCACCGAUUUCGAAGAAGAGAUAAUGGAAGAUGAUUACAGAGAAGAUAUGAAGUGUAGAAUGUUGGAUGAUAUAGUGAAGAAUUCCGGUCACCGUGUAGAAAUAUCAAGGCCGGAAUAUUAUAAACCUGAGAUUGAAAAACAGGUAUAUGAAAAGGAAGAGAAGAAAGUAAUGGAUCCGGAUAUCUAUAUUAGAUCUUAUGAAGAGUCACCAAACGAGGUGUAUAAAUUUAGCCUCACUGAUUUGGAAGAAGAGAUAAUGGAAAAUGACUCCAUAGAAGGUGUGAAGUGUAGAAUGUUGGAUGAAAUAAUGAAGAAGUCCGGUCACCAUUUAAAAAUAUCAAGGCCGGAAUAUAAACCUGAGAUUGAAAAACAGGUAUAUGAAGAGGAAGAGAAGAAAGUAAUGGAUCCAGAUGUGGAUAUUAGAUGUUAUGAAGAGUCACCACACGAGGUGUCUAAAUUUAGCCUCACCGAUUUCGAAGAAGAGAUAAUGGAAGAUGAUUACAUAGAAGCUUUGAAGUGUAGAAUGUUGGAUGAUAUAUUGAAGAAGUCCGGUCACCGUUUAGAAAUAUCAAGGCGGCAAUAUAAUAAACCUGAGAUUGAAAUACAGGUCAAUGAAAAGGAAGAGAAGAAAGUAAUCAAUACGGAUAUGGAUAUUAGAUAUGAUGAUGAGUCACCAGAAGAGGUGGAGACAUAUUCUAGUCUCACGGAUGAUGAAGAAGAGAGAAGCAAGGAAGAUACAUCAAUGGAAGAUGUGAAUCACAAACACGAGGUGUACAAAUUUAGCCUCACCGAUAUCAAAGAAGAGAGAAGCAAUGAAGAUACAUCAAUGGAAGAUUGUUGCAUAGAAGAGGCUCAAGUCGGAAAAGAUCAAAGAGUCUUCAGAUUCAGAGAAAGUAGUGAAGAGAAGAGAAAAUCCUCAUCAUCACCAUUAUCACCACUAACAGAGUUUAGGGAUAUGGAGAGUUUGACGUAUUACAUGAGGCAAAAAGGGAUGCAUCGAAGAAGAAGAAGAUCAUCAACAUCACCACAUUGUUGCCAUAAUGUAGUAUACAAUGAGUUUAAAGUGACGAAGGAAGAAGAAGAGGAAGAAAGACAAAGAUUAACAACCAAACGUGUUCAUUCUAAGCUUCAUGAAUACGAACAAUUUUUAACUCAGUUUAAAAAGAAGAAGGAAGAAGAAAACGAGAGACGAAGAUUAUCACCCAAAGACUUUGAGCCUACGCUUCCUGAUUACGACCAAGUGAUUACUCGCUUUAGAGUGCUGGAGAAGGAAGAAGAAGAAAGACGAAGAUUAGCAACAAAACAUGUUCAUCCUAAGCUUCCUGAUUACGACCAGAUUGCUACUAAGUUUAAACUCCUGAAGGAGGUAGAAAAAGAAAGACGAAGAUUAUUAACCAAACACAGUUCAUCCUAAGCUUCCAGGAUGAGACACGAAGAUUAUCAACACCAAAAGGAAGAUGAAGAAGACUAUAACCAAACCACUAGGGUUUUU